GAAGUAUUGUGAGUGUGGGUGAUCCAAAAAAGAAGUACACGUGUUUCGAGAAGAUUGGACAAGGAGCCUCAGGUACAGUUUACACAGCAAUGGAUGUAGCUACAGGACAAGAGGUCGCAAUCAAACAGAUGAAUUUGCAGCAGCAGCCCAAAAAAGAACUGAUUAUUAAUGAAAUUCUCGUGAUGAGGGAAAACAAAAACCCCAACAUUGUCAACUACUUGGACAGUUACCUUGUAGGAGAAGAGCUCUGGGUGGUCAUGGAGUACUUGGCGGGAGGUUCCCUGACAGAUGUUGUGACGGAGACCUGCAUGGACGAAGGACAGAUCGCAGCCGUGUGCCGGGAGUGUCUUCAGGCUUUGGAAUUCCUCCAUUCAAACCAAGUUAUUCACAGAGACAUCAAGAGUGACAACAUCCUGCUGGGAAUGGACGGCUCCGUCAAGCUAACUGACUUUGGCUUCUGCGCCCAGAUCACCCCUGAGCAGAGCAAACGCAGCACCAUGGUGGGGACCCCCUACUGGAUGGCGCCCGAAGUGGUGACGCGCAAAGCGUACGGCCCCAAGGUGGACAUCUGGUCGCUGGGGAUCAUGGCCAUCGAGAUGAUCGAAGGAGAGCCCCCCUACCUCAACGAGAACCCCCUGAGGGCGCUGUAUCUCAUUGCUACUAACGGGACUCCGGAACUGCAGAAUCCGGAAAAGCUUUCACCCAUAUUCCGAGACUUUUUAAAUCGCUGUCUGGAGAUGGAUGUGGAGAAGAGAGGUUCCGCGAAAGAGCUGCUGCAGCACCAGUUCCUGAAAAUCGCGAAGCCUCUGUCGAGUCUCACUCCUCUGAUUAUUGCAGCCAAAGAGGCGGCGAAGAACAACCAUUAA